CUUCCUAGCGACUACGUACUAUGGCCGAAACAAACCUAAACCAACUAGCUUACGUAACCAACAAGAUAUGACAGAAGAAUUCGAAACCGCGGGAGUAUGUACCGGAACAUGGUGGAGCUCUUCUAACUGCAUGUUCUCGUGGGGAUCUCUGCCAUGUUCCACUGAGAUAGCCAUCGAUAUCGGCGACUUUGAAUGGAAAAACAUUGAUACCCUCGAUGCCAAAACCUAUAACGAGAGCCAUCAUAAUACUUGCACAUUCUUGAGUAACACAAAUCCUGAUUCCAACUCACAAGUCUAUGUUUCGACCCAAUCUAACAUUCAUGAAGAAGAAAGUCUCAAUCUAGAACUGCUCGAUAGCUUUCACUUCUUGGAUGACUUUUUACUGAACGAAUCGAGAAAUGUAUCAGUCUUUGAUCACGAGAUUUCACACAAAGCUGAGGAAGAAAUACUUGCAAGAGCUAAUGAGAAAACUGGAGAACUAAAAGAUAUUGACUCAUCUCGGCAAUUAAAAAGACAAAGACUUGAGACACCAUCUCAGUUUCCGAGCUUCAAAGUUCGUAAAGAGAAACUUGGAGAUCGCAUCACCGCACUUCAGCAGUUAGUUUCACCCUUUGGCAAGACAGACACUGCUUCUGUCCUUCAUGAUGCUAUAGAAUACAUCAAGUUUCUUCAAGAGCAAAUCACUGUCUCGAGUAAUCCACACCUGUACUCUAUAAUAAAGGAUCUGUGUUCAGACGAAUCAAACAAUAAUACUAAUGAUGAAGAUUAUAAUCCAAGACAAGACCUUCGAAGCCGCGGUCUUUGUCUGAUGCCGAUUUCAAGUACUUUCUCCACCUCUCCGCCGCAUUUGAAGACAUAUAGUUUCUGGAAUUAAACAGUUAUAAUGAAAACAAAAACUUGACACUAGUACAAAGUACACUACACAUGAACACAUGUAACUUUUUUCGAUAUGGUGAACACAUGUAACUUUUGUUGUAAGAGCUGUAAAGUCUGAUGGUAAUUUGUUUACAGUAUGUGCUAUCUCGUUCGCUUCCUACAAUUUUAGUGGUACCACCGUGAAAUUGUGGAAAGAUAUAAU